AUGUCUUCGGUCUUCCGUGCCAGCACCCGGCUGCGCUCCGUGGCUCGCCUCCCGGCAGCUCGUGCUCUCUCCACCACUGCCAGCCUGCGUGCAUCGGAGAAGCCCUACUUCCCCGAUGAGCCCACCGCUCCCUCCAUGUCUGGGGCCUUCCCCGGACCCAAGAACAAGGCCGCUGCCGCCAAGCUCGACGAGGUCUUCGAUGUCCGCAGCUUGAACAUGCUGACUGACUACUACUCGUCCGUUGGUAACUACAUCGCUGAUCUCGAUGGCAACAAGCUCCUUGACGUGUAUGCUCAAAUUGCUUCCAUCCCUGUCGGAUACAACAACCCCCACCUCAAGGAGGUUGCCGCCUCACCUGAGAUGACCUCCGCCCUCAUCAACCGUCCUGCCCUGGGCAACUUCCCCUCCUCCGACUGGGCUGAUAUCCUCAAGACUGGCCUACUCCGUGCUGCCCCCAAGGGUCUGAACCAGGUCUUCACAGCCAUGGCCGGCUCUGAUGCCAACGAGACCGCCUACAAGGCGGCCUUCAUGUACUACCGCCAGCUGCAGCGUGGUGGUCCCGAGGUUGAGUUCACCGAGGAGGAGCUUCUCUCCACCAUGAACAACCAGGGUCCCGGAUCCCCCCAGUUGUCCAUCCUCUCCUUCAAGUCUGCCUUCCACGGCCGUCUCUUCGGCUCCCUGUCCACCACUCGCAGCAAGGCCAUCCACAAGCUGGACAUCCCUGCCUUUGACUGGCCCCAGGCCCCAUUCCCCCAGCUCAAGUACCCCCUUGAGGAGCACGUCCAGGAGAACGCCGCCGAGGAGCAGCGUUGCCUGGCUGAGGUUGAGCGUCUCAUCAAGGAGUGGCACAACCCCGUGGCUGCCGUCAUGGUCGAGCCCAUCCAGUCCGAGGGUGGUGACAACCACGCCUCCCCCGCCUUCUUCCAGGGUCUCCGUGAUAUCACCAAGCGCACCAAGGUCCUCUUCAUCGUCGACGAGGUGCAGACUGGUGUCGGUGCCACUGGUAAGUUCUGGGCUCACGACCACUGGAACCUGUCCUCUCCCCCCGACAUGGUCACCUUCUCCAAGAAGGCCCAGGCUGCCGGUUACUACUUCGGCAACCCUGCCCUGCGCCCCAACAAGCCCUACCGUCAGUUCAACACCUGGAUGGGUGACCCAGCCCGCGCUCUGAUCUUCCGCGGUAUCAUCGAUGAGAUCGACCGCCUCAACCUCGUUGAGAACACCCGCAACACCGGUGACUACCUCUACGGCGGUCUCUCCACCUUGGCUGAGAAGUACCCCCAGCACUUCCAGAACCUUCGUGGUAAGAAUCAGGGUACCUUCAUCGCCUGGGACACCCCCAAGCGUGAUGAGCUCAUCGCCAAGGCCAAGUCCUUCGGCGUCAACAUCGGUGGCAGUGGCCCCUCUGCUGUCCGCCUCCGUCCCAUGCUGGUCUUCCAGAAGCACCACGCCGAUAUCCUCCUCGAGAAGAUCGAGCAGAUCAUCCAGGCCCUCUAA